AUGAUGCAAAAUGUUAAAAAUCAGAGAGCAAUUAAAAAUAGUUGCAGUCAAACUGAAAAUUUAUGUAGACUUCCAACACGAAAAAGAAAAUAUUAUCGUCAGAGUAAAAAAAGUUUGGGAACAAAUUUCCAUAGUUUUUGUGAGAAUACUAGUCUUCAUGGCUUUCAUUACAUUACUUCGGAAAAUACGAGUAUUAAGGAAAGAGUUAUUUGGUCUGUGGUUUGCUUAAUGUGUUUAUUGAUUGCAUUCGGUAUGAUGUUUCUCAUUAUGUAUCGAUAUUUAAAAACACCAACAACAACGACAAUUGAAACAACUGCUUAUCCAAUUUGGGAUAUUGAAUUUCCUGCUAUUACUAUUUGUAAUCAUAAUAAAGUGUAUCUUCCAGCGGCUAUUAAUAUCACAAAUACUUUGUUAGAGAAGGGUAUUAAGCAAGAGGAAAUCGAUACUUUUAUCGAUUUACUGCCGCAAUUAAUUAGACCCUCAUUACAAAAAGGAAAUUCUCAAAGGGAAACAAAUUUGUCUACGAUUUUGGAUCGAAUCGGAAAAACGUGGGAAGAACUUAUGUUUGACUUGAUGCAGCCUUGUAGUAGAAUGCUUCGUAUUUGCAUUUGGCUUGAUAAAGAAUACGAUUGUGAUAAAAUUUUUAAACCCACAAAAUCGAGCGAGGGAUUCUGUUGUUCCUUUAAUUAUCACGUGAGACAUAAGAAAACUUUAAACGUUGAUAAUUCCACUGAAGAAAAUGCAAAUUUGAAUAAAACUAAAGAAGAGGAACUGCCAGGCGUUGAUGAAAUUCAAUCCGUGCCCGGUGCUGGCAGAGAUUUAGGUCUAACAGUGCAUUUUGAUCUUGAAAGUGAAUAUUAUAGAGGCAGCAUAAGACCAUACAUUGGAGCAUCAAUUUUGGUUCAUCAUCCAAAUGAAUUUCCUGAAGUUGAUUUGCGAUCAGUUAUUAUUCAGCCAACUCAAGAAGUUACUGUUUUACUGUCGGGAACAGUUGUUGAGAGUGAACCGGGCGUUCGCUAUUUGCCAGUGGAAUUGAGAAAUUGUUUAUUUAAAGACGAGAAAAAGCUGGAUAUUAGCUCUACUUAUGGAUAUCAAUCUUGCGUCUCGCAAUGUAGAAUACAAUUUAUUGUGACUAAUUGUAAAUGUAGUCCAUUCUACUAUCCUAAAAUUUAUCGCAAUGUAAGAACUUGUGGGCUUGAAGACAUUAAAUGUUUACAAUCAAUAAGAAAAAAUAUUUCCGAACUGCAAACAGUUAGUGAUGUGAAAGCUUUUGAAGCGAGUACUACAGAAGAAAUCCCCGAAGAAUUUUCGGAAGAAGCAGAUUGCAAUAAUUGCUUUCCUCUAUGCAGUGAUAAUUGGUACACUUUGGACACUGAAAGCGCUUUUAUGGAAUCAUUUCCCAAUAACAUGAUUUUAUUAAAUGGUUUGAAUAUCAAUAAAACUUCUACGGCUCUGAUAUAUUUUCGUGAUAUUACUUGUAUAAAAUAUAAAAGAGGCAAAUGGAAAUCUUGGAACGAUUUAGUUGCGUCACUUGGCGGUAUUUUGGGCCUAUGCGUUGGAGGUUCCUUUGUCAGUGUGGUAGAAGUAAUUUAUUUUUUCAUCAUAAACCGAUGUUUUAGAAAGGGAUCGAAAAAAUCUUCUCAAUUGUUUGUUAUGAGUUCAAGUGCUUCAUCAAACGUUGAUCAAUCAAAGAGAUCGGAAAAUAAAAAUAAUAUUUUCUUCGUUGAGAAAAAAAUUUCCCCUUCUGCGAAAUUAAAUAAUUCGGAUGAAAUUCUUCAGUGCAAUAUUUUAACUGAAUAAUGGUGGCAUCUACCAUUCAUGUCUAAUU